GCGAUGUGUCCAGCAGCCAUCACGUUUGCAGCUGCACAAGCGCAGUAGAAGUCUUCAUAAUGGAAGCUCUCGGUAGUGUUGGAUGUGAGCAUUAUAAAAGGAAAUCUAAGUUUGUUACACCUUGCUGCAAUAAAAUAUAUACAUGUCGUUUCUGUCAUGAUGAAAAUGAGAGCCACUGUGUAAAUAGAAAGGAUGUGACUGAGCUUGUAUGCACAAAUUGUGACACCAGACAGAAGGUUCAAGCAGAAUGCGAGAAUUGCUCUUUGCGAUUUGGGAAGUAUACAUGUUUGGAGUGUAAGCUAUUUGAUGAUGAAGAGAAGAAUCAGUACCAUUGUGAUGGCUGUGGGAUAUGUCGAAUUGGUGGACGAGAUAAAUUCUUCCACUGUGAGACAUGUAAUAUGUGCCUUCCUAUCAAAUUGAAAAAUAGGCAUCGGUGUGUAGAGAAUGUUUCUCGUUCAAAUUGUCCUGUGUGCCUUGAGGACAUUCACACAUCACGCAUCCCUUGCCAUAUUCCUGAAUGUGGUCAUCUUCUGCACCGAACCUGCUUUGAAGAAUUGCUUCAGGCAGGCCACUAUGCAUGUCCCACGUGCCAGACAUCGCUACUUGAUAUGUCACAGCUGUGGAAAUAUUUGGAUAAUGAAAUUGAAAUGACACCAAUGCCUCCAGAAUACAAGGACUUUAAAGCCGAAAUUCUGUGCAAGGAUUGUCAUGAGGAAUCUAUAGUAAAAUUCCAUGUAGUAGGCUUGAAAUGUAUUAACUGUGGAUCAUACAAUACAUGCAGAAUAAAGGGUUCUCCUAAACCGGAUAUUUCUGCUCAGCAGGAUGGGCAAAGUGCAGCUGGAAGCUCAAGCCAUUCUUCCAGUGGAGGCUCUCCUGGUGCUGGAAAUGAAGACCCAUGUCCGUCCUCACAGUAGACAACUUUUCUGUGCAAAAGUAACUUUCUACAUAUACAUUUUCUUUUGUUUGUAAAAAUGUUGUUGUAGGCGAUGCUAUAGCUAUUCUUUUUCAAAUUUUUAGUAUAGGAGGUGACUGGUGCUAACUAUCAUUAUAGUUAUAGUUAACAAUUAUUGUUGAUUACAGUGUGGUUCUCAACUCUCGUAUCGCCCUAACUUGUAUUCCUGAAAUAUAUCACUUUUUUAAUUAAUUUUAUGCUGUAGAUUAUUUAUUGAACAUUUGAGGGAAGAGGAAUAUUUAAAACUGCCCUGCCUGAUAAUAUGACGUAAAAUAUAUUUCUAACUACAUUUCAGAUCCUGUGGUCACAACAGAUUGUUUUGUUGCACGUUCACUUUACAGUAAAAACACUGUAACAUUUCUGAAACAUUUGGAUCUUUUAUUAGACUUGCAUUUUUAGUCAUAACUAUUUCAGUUUGUGUAUGUGGAUUGCUUGUAGCAGAAAUGAUGAUGAGCAGACAAUUUUUAGGUAUAUUCAUCCAUCUUUAUACUUAAUCUUCAGAAGAUCUACUGUUCUGUGGUAAUUUUCAACCAUGACGCAGAAGAUAACUUUCAGAUGACGUAUUAAAAUUCCGUGAUUUGUGACUGAAUCAUUAACCAAUGUGUACUUUACAGUUGUAAGAACAUGAAGUUUAAGAUAUGGUUUUGAUUCCCAGUUUCCCAAAGUUCAGGAAUUGUGUGUGUGCAUUUAGAUGUGUUCAGUAGUAUCGGAAUCCGCAGGUUUAUCUGCUACUUUCGUGUUUCAUGUAGUGAAGUGGUGGAAUGGGAUAUUGAAAUGGAUAACGUAUAAAUUUUUGGACUGUAGCUUUGAGUAGGUGAUCACAAAAUUCAGUCAUGAAAGAAGAGACAUAAAAGGUGCUGAGAAUCCAUGGUGUAAUGCCUACAUCAUCUUUUUUUUUAGGAAGUUGUUGAUAUUUUUUUCCCAGGCACUUUCAAAUCUUUUAACCAAGUUCGGUGUUCGUAUCCAUGUGCUAGCUAUUCCUUACUAUUUGAUGAUGUAUAAAAAGAAGUUAAUAGAUUAAAAAUGAUAUAAUUUUCAGUUGCUAUAUUUGAAAUAAAUUUUCUGCCAUGAAGAAGAGACUUAACACGGUAUGUCACAAUGCUUCUUAAACUAUUUGUGUAAUAUGUAAGGUGUGUUACUGUGGAAGACUUGACUCUGUAUCAGGUGACCAGUGUAAAGAUAAAAUAAAACAAUAGUUGUCUGUUAGGUAUACUGAUUUGUAAUGUAGCUACAUAAGAUGUGAAUUUGCAGUUUUAGUGUUUAUAUUUUUGCAUUUGAGGACCAUUCUGUAUAACUUAUUUGUGUGUAUGUUUCAGUUUAGUGGUUUCAGUAUAGACAACUAACUGCUUGCAGGUAGUUCAGCUUAUUUCUGUGGUAAUAUAUUAGUGUUUCACUGUUAUAUGUUUAACUACACAUCUCUAAAUCUAUUCCGUAUAUACUCGGGGUAUAUUUAUAACUUUUAUGGUCAGUGGGAGGGAGAAUAAAUUAUAAGCAUAAUUAAUGGAAUCCGAGGCACAGUGAUUUUAAGGUACCAUGUUUUAUCGUAAUAUCUUGAGCCAUCAAACAAGGAAUCUUUUUAAAUGAAUACUGUGUUAGGGAAGAAGAGUUGCAUAUUUACUCUAAAUAUUUAUAACUGUACUGAAUUUUAAAUUAAUGAAAGUUGGUCUAGGUAUAGGUCACGUCCGAAACAGUAGGCAUUUUAUUUCUUGAGCGUGAAGACCAUGUGUGAUGUGGCUAAUUGGAAUGUACUGGUUCAGUGUAGCUCAGGAUUCAUAAUGAACUGAAUGAUGGAUCUCUGAUUUUGUGAAUUAUGACUUAUUAAAACAGACUAGGUCACUGUUUCCAUAUUAUAGAAAUGUAGUUGAAGUUAUAAGGGUGAAACUACUACAUAUUCCAUCUGUUGACUAAAGUUUGUUUUUAAUGUGUGAAGUGAAGCAUUUUAGUUUUGAUCCACACCUUGUUUUACAAAUACACUGUCAAUAUGCUGUGAUAUUUGUUCAUCUUUAAGUUAAUUCAGGUUUUUAAAUGACAUUUUAUGUUUUUGAGUAUUGUAUAAUAAAUACAAUUUCUUAGUCA